AUGGUUGGCCCGUCGAUUUGUGCGAAUGGACCACGCGUGCAGAGUAAACCAUUUCUAGUCAUCAUCACUUUGGAAAGGGCUAUCGGCCCUACAUUGGCAUUGGUGUCUGUCGAUCAGUCGAUGGCAUCGAUCAUCCGUGAAGUCAGAAGAAGAUCACGCCGAAGGAGAGGUUCAUCAGACGAAGGUCCAAGAGUUCCAAGUGCUGAAGAAUAUAAGCUGGAUUACUGGCACGGCUACAUGCCAAAUGAGGAUACCGCCAUGAUUCUCAAAAAGGAUGGUGAUUUUCUUUUAAGAGCACUCAUGGACGAGCCCAAGCCAAUUUGUAUGUCUGUCAGAUCAGGAGAAAAGGUUUAUAAUGCAAUUGUAAACCGAACUGAGUCUGGUGGAUACGAGUUGGCCGGAGUAGAAUACUCGUCAAUAAAAGACAUGAUAGACGAGCUACAGGUUCGAAAACGGCCCAUACCCAUUGAAGAUGCUCAAGUUGUUCUUAAUUGCCCAAUUCGUAGAAGACCUUGGGAACUCAGACACUGCAUGAUCACGUUAGGAAAGCGGCUUGGAAAAGGAUCUUACGGGAGCGUUUACAGAGCGAUUCUAAGGAAAGAUCGACAAGUGCUCGAAGUGGCAGUAAAAGUAUUAUCCGAUAUGAGUCCAGAAAAUUCGCAUGCAUUGUGGAAAGAAGCGAGAGUGAUGCAGAUGUAUGACCAUCCUCAUGUAGUGCGAAUGUAUGGCGUCGCAAAUGAUAUAGAGCCUUACUAUCUUGUGAUGGAGUUAGUUAGUGGCGGUGCUCUUAACGAUUUCUUGAAAAAGAAGGGCAGAUAUGCAAAGACUGCGAAGAGGGUGCAGAUUGUUUAUGAGGCUUCCCUUGGAAUUGAAUAUCUCCAUAGCAAAGGUUGCAUACAUAGAGACAUUGCUGCUAGAAAUCUGUUGAUGGAUAAAGUUAUCAAGGUUGCAGAUUUUGGGUUAACGCGAAGAUCGAAAUCUUACAUAGUCAAUCCGGAUAAACCAAUGAACCUUAGAUGGCUGGCACCUGAUGUGUAUCACACUGGCAUAGUAGAAAAACACACCGAUGUCUAUGCUUUUGGUAUAACAAUGUGGGAAGUCUUCCAAGUACCCUAUCGGAUACCUUACAAGGAAUGGACGGCAGACGAGGUGUAUGAAAAUGUAGUUGAUGGCACAUACAGACUUAGUCCGCCCGAUGCUAUGCCCUCAGACGUGGCGAGUUUGUUCAAGGAAUGUAUAGCCAAGCCUGAACUGAGACCCACAUUUAAGUCCAUAGUCCUGUUUCUGAAAGCUUGUUUGAAGGGAUCAACCGCUGAAGAAUGA